AUGGAGAGUAUGCUGGAGGCAGUACACAAAGCCGAGGAGCAGCACGGCGCGAAGAAGAACUCAAGACACCGAUUCACCAAAGCAAUAUGCCUGGCGUGGACCAAAGCUGUCAAUAAGAUCAAUACUUUUAGCGCGGCCAUUGACGUUCUGGUAUCGAGUCAUCCAGAGUACGCAGCGCUCGUCUGGGGAUCCAUCAAGUUCUUGUUCUUGAUGACCUUGAACCAUCAAGAGCUUGCAAGUAAGGUCUCGGAGGCCUUCUGCGCCAUCAGCGAGGCCCUUCCAGAGGUGGAUUUCCUAGCCAGCGAGCUUUAUCCCGUCCCACACAUGCAGGCUACCUUGGCAACCAUAUACACCCACAUGAUCGACUUUUGCAUCAGAGCUCUGACGUGGUACAACAAUAGAAGAGGAAACCUCAUUAAGAAGGCGUGGUCGGCGAUAAGAUAUUCAUGGGCGCUGGAAUUUGGUGACGUUGCCGAGACGAGAGAUCUCAGUUUCCAGCUUUCAAAGGUGCAGAAAGCACAACAAGAGAUUCUGGCGUUGCAAAAGGACCGAACCAUGUCUGAUCCGCGUGUGUGGGCCCUGCCCGACGUUGCUACUCUUUCGCCCCUGAACCAGCCUUCAUUGCUCGGAAGAGCCCCUCUUGUGAUAAAAGAGAUGGCCAAAUACUUCUUAUCCGUUCCUUUCAAGCCCGAGAAGGCUCUUGAUCUGGGAAUGACAUUAAGGGAUCGCCGACGGAUGCGAGUAAACCCCGUCCCAGAUCAGCUAUGGACAUCGGCCAAACUACGAAGCUGGAUCUCUCAGCCGGGUUCGGCGCUUGUUCAAGUGCAAGGGAACCUGGUAGCGGCAGACGCUUCACGAGACUUUGCCCUCGACAUUGUCGAGUUGGCAAAGGCAGCUGGCUUACUUUUGGCUUGGUAUGUGAGCUCACAGCUGGCGAAGCCCAUGAACAUUCCAGAUAUCUGGCGCUCCCUUGUCUGGCAGGUUAUCGAGCAAAACUCCGACAGUUCUUCAUACCAGAACCUGACCGAAUCCAACUUUGACUCUUGCGUCACGGAAGAUGACUGGAUAUCCCUUCUUAUCGCUGUUCUAGCCGAGAUACCGCGGGCAGUUCUGGUCAUCGACUCUCACCAAGACGAACGCAAAACUCGAGAGACAGUCAGAAAGUUCUGGAACACCUUUACUGAACGAAAGGUGACCACCACAGUCAAGAUGCUUCUGCUGACCUACUCGAACCCCGGGACGCCAAUGCCAAGCAUGCUACCCAAUGACGAUGUGGAGUUUUACAGUCUGAAGAUGGGCCAUGGUAGGAAGCCCGGUAUGGCGAGGGCCUCUAUGUAUGGGAGCCCGAGGGGGCGGAGGCAGGUGGGUGGGAGACGAGGUGGCGGAGCGUCUCAGCUCAAGCCGUUUAUGGCGAAGUUAUUAGAGCAGGGGGCAGUUGAAUCAGACAAGACAUGA